GGGCUGCCGAGUCCCGCGGCCGCCUCUUAGGCGCGGGGACUCCCAGGAAGGACUGUGAGCGAGAAAUCGAGGAACGAGUGACAGCAGGACAGACCACCCGGCCGUGAUCCCGGGCGGCUCCGGGGUGCGCCCGCGGCUCCAGGUCUUUCUCGGAGCCGCUGCCAUGGGAGAGCCAGCCUUGGGCGUCGGGGACCAGCCGCCGCUGCUGCCGCGCCCGCCUCGGAGCCGCGGCCCCAGUCCCCGCGCCCGAAGUCGGCCCGCUGCGUCCCCCUCCUGGGCUGCAGGGCCGCCUCCGCCGCGCCGCGGGCCCCGGCUGUGCCUGUGAUGAGCCGCAGCCCGCCGCGAGCCCUGCCCCCGGGCGCGCCCCCCCGGUUGCUCCCGGCCGCGCCCGUCGCCGUGCCGCGCGCCCUGCUCCCGCCGUGGCCCCGGCGCCCGGGCCGUCGCUGGCCCGCGUCCCCGCUCGGAAUGAAGGUGUUCCGCAGGAAGGCGCUGGUGCUGUGCGCGGGCUAUGCGCUGCUGCUGGUGCUCACCAUGCUCAACCUCCUGGACUACAAGUGGCACAAGGAGCCGCUGCAGCAGUGCAGCCCCGACGGGCCGCUGGGUGCCGUGGCGGGGGCGGCUGGGGGCGGCUGGGGGCGCCCGGGGCCGCCUCCGGCAGUGCCGCCCCGCGCACACACCCGCUUGGACCCCCGUACUCCGUACCGCCCUCCCGCCGCCGCCGCCGCCGCCGUCGGGGCGGCCCCUGCCGCAGCAGCAGGGGCAGCGGGGGCGGUGGCCCCUCCCCGUAAUGGCACUCGGGGCACCGGGCGUGGCGGAGAGAAGAGGCAGUUGGUGUAUGUGUUCACCACGUGGCGCUCGGGCUCAUCUUUCUUCGGUGAGCUCUUCAACCAGAACCCGGAGGUGUUCUUUCUCUACGAGCCAGUGUGGCACGUGUGGCAAAAACUGUACCCAGGGGACGCUGUUUCCCUGCAAGGGGCGGCGCGGGACAUGCUGAGCGCUCUCUAUCGCUGUGACCUCUCGGUCUUCCAGCUGUACAGCCCCGCGGGCAGCGGGGGGCGCAACCUCACCACGCUGGGCAUUUUCGGUGCAGCCACCAACAAGGUGGUGUGCUCCUCGCCACUCUGCCCCGCCUACCGCAAGGAGGUCGUGGGGCUGGUGGACGAUCGCGUGUGCAAGAAGUGCCCGCCGCAGCGCCUGGCGCGCUUUGAGGAGGAGUGCCGCAAGUACCGCACGCUGGUCAUCAAGGGCGUGCGUGUCUUCGACGUGGCCGUGUUGGCGCCGCUGCUGCGCGACCCUGCCCUGGACCUCAAGGUCAUCCACCUAGUGCGCGAUCCGCGUGCCGUGGCCAGCUCGCGCAUCCGCUCGCGCCACGGUCUCAUCCGUGAGAGCCUUCAGGUGGUGCGCAGCCGGGACCCGCGCGCCCACCGCAUGCCCUUCCUGGAGGCCGCUGGCCACAAGCUGGGCGUCAAGAAGGAGGGUGUGGGCGGCCCGGCGGACUACCACGCUCUUGGCGCUAUGGAGGUCAUCUGCAACAGCAUGGCCAAGACACUGCAGACAGCCCUGCAGCCCCCUGACUGGCUGCAAGGCCACUACCUGGUAGUGCGGUACGAGGACCUAGUGGGAGACCCCGUCAAGACCCUACGGAGGGUGUACGACUUUGUGGGGCUGCUGGUGAGCCCCGAGAUGGAACAGUUUGCCCUCAACAUGACCAGUGGCUCAGGCUCCUCCUCUAAGCCCUUCGUGGUGUCCGCGCGCAACGCCACGCAGGCCGCCAACGCCUGGCGGACGGCCCUCACCUUCCAGCAGAUCAAACAGGUGGAGGAGUUUUGCUACCAGCCCAUGGCGGUGCUGGGCUAUGAGCGGGUCAAUAGUCCCGAGGAGGUCAAAGACCUCAGCAAGACCCUGCUCCGGAAGCCCCGGCUCUGAGAGGGUUUCCUGGGAGACCCGGCUCCCUGUGGAGACACCCACAGCAGGAUUGUGGUGUAUUGCAACAAAAACAGCCCAGACCCAAACUGAGGAAGCCCACAUAUUCUAUUAUAGAUAUAUAGUAUAAAUAACCACACAGGCACUUGCUGUCAAUGUUUUGAGUCAUUGAAUUUCAAGGAACAGCCACAAUACGCACACAUCUCAGCAAAGGCAAGACUUGAAAGUUCUGACCAGCUCCCCUCCUCUCCUCUCCCCUGCCUUUUCUCCCUUCGUUUUUCUCCCCUUUCCUACCCUCUCUCCUACCUGCCUUCCGUUUUGAAGUGGGAUGUUGAUUAAAUCAAGAUCCAGUAACCUAAAUCUUGUUUACAAAAUUUUCGUGGUAUCUGUGAACAUGUACAAGAGUAAUUUGGUCGUGAGGAGUGGGGUGGAGAAAGGGGAAGUUGGAAGUUGGCCAGGAGCACAGAGCUCCAUUGGGCACGAUGACCAAGGAGGCAUUCUUCUAAAAGUAGACUUGUGUAAAAAGCAAAGGUUCUCCGUGAGUAUUAAUAAAAAAGAUGAUAAAUAA